GCAUAGCAAAGAGCGACAUAUUAAUAAGUUAAGUGAUUGUUUCACCAACAGUUACAAAUAGGAGAGCAUUUAAUUAAUGAUAGCUAAAAAUACCCCACCAUUAGUAUAAGAAUAUUUUGUAUCAUUUGAGAAUUAUCUGAAAUAGAUUAAAAUGUCCAAGAUGUGGCCACAAUCUCAAUAUUCACACACCAACACACCUUACCAAUCAAAUGCUACAAAGACCAAUGAGCAUCAGAACCAACAGAAUUUGAAGACAUUGGGAAUGACUUCUGCUAUAUCUAUGGCAGGCCCUAAACCGAUUGACAUUGAAAAGACAAAUGAUUUAAAAGAAUCGCUUGUGCCAUUUGGUGUAUUUGAAUCUGAGGCAGAAAUGCAUCACCGCAUGGAAGUAUUGGGUUCAUUACAUCGGCUUGUCAGACAAUGGAUACGUGACGAAUCAUUGAGGAAGAAUAUGCCUCCCAGUGUUGCGGAUACAGUUGGCGGGAAUAUUUACACAUUCGGAUCUUAUAGACUUGGGGUACAUCACAGAGGGGCGGAUAUCGACGCGUUGUGUGUGGCCCCUCGUCAUAUUGAUAGGACUGACUACUUCCAGUCAUUUUAUGAAUUAUUAAAGACACAACCACAGGUCAAAGAUUUGAGAGCAGUUGAAGAUGCAUUUGUACCAGUUAUUAAGAUGAACUUUGAUGGAAUAGAAAUUGAUUUAUUGUUCGCUAGACUUGCCUUGAAAGAGAUACCAGAUUCGUUUGAUCUACGAGAUGAUAUGCUGCUAAAGAACCUAGAUCAGAAAUGCGUUAGGUCUCUUAACGGUUGCCGCGUCACUGACGAAAUAUUACGUCUAGUGCCAAAUAUAAACAACUUCAGAUUGACUCUACGAGCUAUCAAAUUAUGGGCUAAACGUCACGGAAUAUACUCUAACACACUAGGCUACCUAGGCGGUGUGUCCUGGGCUAUGUUAGUAGCAAGGACAUGUCAAUUGUACCCGAAUGCAUUGCCCGCAACAUUGGUACACAAGUUCUUCUUAGUCUUCAGUCAAUGGAAGUGGCCGCAACCAGUCUUGUUGAAGCAACCGGACGCUGUGAAUCUAGGUUUCCCUGUCUGGGAUCCUAGGGUGAAUGUAUCGGACCGUUUUCACUUGAUGCCAAUCAUUACACCGGCAUAUCCACAACAGAACUCUACGUUUAACGUCUCAGCGUCAACGAGAACUGUUAUCAUGGAGGAAUUCAGACUUGGUCUAGCUAUAACAGAUGAGAUAAUGCUAAGCAAAUGUGGAUGGGAACGUCUCUUUGAGGCUCCAAACUUUUUCUCUCGCUACAAACACUUCAUUGUACUGUUAGCAUCUUCAGCCAGUCCCGUCGAUCAGUUACAAUGGUGUGGCCUCAUUGAGAGUCGAAUAAGACAUCUUAUUACUACACUUGAGAGAAAUCAACACAUAACUAUAGCACAUGUUAACCCGGAGUGCUAUAACUCUGUGCCUCUCAACACUAACAACGGACAGCCACUAGCCUUACCUCCUGGUGCGCCAUUGCCCACGGAUCCAGCGCCUGAAGUCAAAAAGAAUGAAUUGGGUGAAGUAAUAGCCAACCACUGCUCCAUGUGGUUCAUCGGACUUGUGUUUGAGAAGACCAAUGUGAAUGUGGACCUGACGUAUGAUAUAUCAUCAUUCACUAAAGCGGUACACUAUCAGGCCGAGAACACUAAUAUGCUGAGAGACGGCAUGUCUAUUGAGGCUCGUCACGUCCGUCGUAAACAACUACAUCAGUACCUAUCGCCAUCGUUGUUGAAACGCGAACGUACGAUAUCUGGUGCAAAGCGGCGCCCACCGGAACCCGCACCGCCUGCAGCCGCACCGCACAAGCGCACUCGCCGCCUCUCAGAAAGCAGCACUGAGGAAGUGAGCCUAUUAUCCUAUAAUGAAGAUUCAAACUCAUCGAAUAUGUACGAGGUCAAUAUCCAGAAUGGGACGUCGCAGACACAGACAGCUGAAGAACAACGUAAGACGGACAAACAGAUGUCCGAACCGGCAUCAACAUCUAACAGCAUUGUAUGUACGUAGCAGUACGAACAAUGGCGUAAUCGGUUUAUAUACGGAACCAGUAACGUCAAGAAAAACAAAGUGAAACGUGCUUAAUGUGACUAAGUGAAUGUGAAUUGUGAUUUAAGUAUAAGCAAGUUGGUGCAUUGGAUUACCUUUGCGGAUGUUGGUUGUCAACGCAAGGAAUAAUGCGGCGUCAAGUAAGUUUCGUUCACUUAACAUUUAGGACGAUAUUAAUAUACCUUUACAGGGAAAUUAUUGAAUGUGUAUUUUUUUUUAACCCCGUUUAUUUUGUAAGUCUUUUUGAUUA